AUGGCAUCAGCGUCACCAGAAGAAAUCCGCGCAAUAUUAAGGGACGAUAGAAAGCUACACGACAUCGCAAAGGCUGCAUUUGAUGCUGUGGAUGCUGAUCGUUCUGGAUUUAUUGAUGAGCCUGAGCUUAGAACAGUAAUGUGCAGUGUUGCAAAUGACAUUGGAAUGGAUACACCUUCAGAUAGCGAUGUUAGAGAUGUGCUUAGAGAGCUUGAUACCAACAGAGAUGGAAGAAUCAGUUUAGAUGAAUUUAAAGUCCUUAUUCGACAAGUCUUAGAACUUAUGGCAUCACAAUAA